GGCACCUUGCCCCUCUUGUGCGCCAUGGGGCGCAGCCAUCGUUUGGCGGCAUUUUUCGCGCUGCCCCUAGCCUUUUGCUGGGUGGCGCCCAUCUAUGGCCGGGUACUGAGGCCGCGGAAAAGUCGUGGCGUGAAAGCCCUGGCAAGAGGCGAUGGCCUGCCGGAAGUGGCGGAGGACCUGGGCUCGCGGCGGGAGGUGGUGACGGACUGGGCCCAGGGCCUGCUGCAACUCGCAGGCUCCCUGGCCGCCUUUGCCGCGGCCUUCUACGUGGGCGCCAAGGUGGUUCUCCUCGGGCAGCCGCGGAUGCCGGCGUUGCGAGGGCCGUACCAGACCAUCGGCUCCCGCCUCCUGCGCCUCGCCAACCUCCGGUGCCGCCUGCUGUACCCGGCGGAUCCGGCGGCCCUGGGCGCGCCGGAGGCACCAUAUCUGUCGGAGGGGAAGAAGACCUCGGACGCGAUGGCGGGCUUGGUCUUUUUUCCUGGGUUUUUGCUGGAGCACCUGGCCGAUGCCGGCUCGGGCUGUGUGCAGGAUGCCCCGCCCUUGCUCAGUGACACAGGCUACCCCAUCCUGGUCUACUCCCAUGGUCAGGGAGGCAACAUGGACAUGGGGACCUAUUUUCUGAGGCAGAUAGCGAGCUACGGAUUGAUCGUGGUGGCGGUGGAGCACCAGGAUGGCUCCGCCUCCACCGGAGACGAAGCCAACCCCCGGCCCUUCAGCCUCACGCGCGGCCAACUGGGGGUGAACUACCGCGCGGAGGAGCUGGUGCAGGUGACACGGGCAUUGCUCUCGGAAAACCUGGCCGAAGAGCUCGGGGGCCAGAGGCAGAACGUCCUGGUGGGCGGCCACAGCUACGGCGGCCCCACGGCCAUCCUUGCUGCGGCCAAAGCCCCGGACUUCUUCAGUGGCCUGGUGCUGCACGACCCCGCGGUGAGCUCGGAGAUGCCCUCGCUGCGGCAGCCGGUUUUCUCCAUAGUGGGCGACGAGUAUGUGGGCAUCGAGAAGCUAGUGAGAGUGGUGCGGAAGGUUUCGGCCUCGGGCGAGGCGCGGCCUUGGAGUGGGGCCUGGCACUUCGCGGGCAUCAGCCACGGGAACUUCGUGGACGCCCCGCUCUGGGGCCCGCUGCUGGUGAUGCAGCUGCUGUCCCGCUUGCUGAUCCCGGCGGCCGGGCCCUUCGACCCGGCCCAGGCGCACAACGCCAUGGCCGAAGCAGCCGCAGACUUUGCCACAGGUCAGCGCCGCGCGGUCCAAAGCGACCAAUGGCAGCGCCUGUGACAAAAG